CUAACUUGCAGACACCCCACCCCACAGGAAUCCGGGGUCUGAUGGGCCGGUUAGCCGAGCCGAAGGAUCCCGUUGUCCACACUUUCCACCCUUCCAGUGCAGCUCCGUUUCAUCCCGAUACGCUUGAUCCUGCAGGACACCGAGAUCGGGUUGGGAGCCUGGAAGGUGAUGAUGAUAGCAUUACGGAUGCGAGGGGGGGGCAUCGCCAUCUAAGCGAGUUUACCCGUCACUGCCCCUUAAGCUUAAGCUUUGCCUUUCCUCUCCCCAGCGGACCUUAUCUCUUCUAUCUCUGACCUUUGACACAUCCUCCCCCUUGUAUCUCUGCUAUCUCUGCUAUCUCUGCCGUUCGUGUGUCUGCCUCACAUGGCGGUGCCCUAUCUCCCCGAGUACGAGCAAGAGGAGACGGUGAUGCCCCCCGCGACGCCGCACCAUCUGCGCGAGCAUGGUCUGGAACCGGCCAACUCGCCCUUCGCGGGCCGCAUCGGCGGCAACCAGGACUUCGUGCUGGACCGCAGCGACCCCAAGAACCUGGCGGAGCUGGACCGGGUGCCCGACGCGGCGCCGUGCAUGAACGCGCAGGAGAUCUUCGAUCUGCGGGGGUUCCUGUCGCCGGAUCUGUGGAAGUUCGCCAUGCUGGAGUGUGUUGCCAGCAUGCUCAACACCUUCAUCUCCGCCUGGGUCACCACGCACCCGUACGCGCCCAUGACCGCCUCGACGGCGGCCUCCGGCGUCUACGGGACGGUCACCUUCUUCUCCCCGACCUUCGGCGGCCUGACCAACCUCCUUCUCACGCCGCUGCUCAUCUACACCUUCUCCCCCAGCUCGGGCGGCCACAUCAACCCCCUCAUCACGCUCGCCACCUUCUUCGCCCGCAUCAUCUCCUUCCCCCGCGCCGUGCUCUACAUCCUCGGCCAGACGCUGGGCGGCGCCCUCGCCGGCUUCGCGCUGCACGCCGCCUUCGGCGACCGCAACAUCACGGUCGGCGGGUGCUACAUCGACACGACCCAGGUGCCGGUCACCAGCGGGCUGGUGAUCGAGUUCUUCGCGUGUCUGAUCAUCGUGUGGCUGUGUUUCGGGGUGGCGUUGGAUCCGCGCCAGGCCAAGGUGUUUGGGCCCGCGGUCGGGCCGUGGUUGGUGGGUGUGGUGGUCGGUGUGAUUACGUGGGGGACUUCGUUUACCCGGGUGGGGUAUAUUGGGGCCAGUGUCAACCCGGCACGGUGUUUCGGGGCGUAUGUCGCCUCCGAGUUUCCGGGGUAUCAUUGGAUUCAUUGGGUCGGUCCGCUGGCGGCCUCGGUGGCGCAUGGGUUCGUGUAUUUCGUAGAUCCCCUGUGGAAGGAUCCUAGGGCCAAGUCGUGAGGAGACAAAUGGCUUGCGGAUCAUUGUACAGUAUUGAUAUGUGUGGUGUCUAUUAGCGUGUUCGUUGCAUUUCUGGAAUGCUUGGCGAAUUUCUUCUCGGUUCGCUUGAAUAAUGAUAUCUGUACAGCACUGGUUGCUGGACUUCGAACUCCAG